CGGGGUGGUUUUUUAAUGGGAUCAGCAUUUAUUGCUAAUGGAGGUUUGUGUUCAAUAUUUUUUGAAACGACAUCAGCUAAUUCUUCAAAAUUUUUCAAUUUAACAUCAAUAGGUUUUUCCUCCUUUUCUUUUAAAAGUUUAUUAUAUCUUUUAAAAUCCUGUUCAUAACGAAUUGCCCUUGUUGUAGGAUCUAAUAUUUCUUUAUUGGCACUAGUAUU